UCCUUCUCCCUUUUCCAUCUCCGCUUCUAGACAGACGAAGAAUGAUAGACGGACUCCUCUCGCAUCAAGGCAGCUUGGUUCUUCCCCCCCCUCCAUCCUCCUUAUUGAUAGCAUACCCCGCAUCUCUCUUGCUACUUUCCCCUGUCGCUGUCGCAUACCUCCUCCGUCGUCUAACCCCAGUUGCGCCCUAGUUUCAAUCCCUCCGCCUUUGGAUCCAGAGGGUGUUUGGAACUCUAGAGAACUUGGGACAGUCACAACCGUUCAUCGCCGAUCAUGAACUCCAGCAGAAGCCGCCAGAUCAAUCGCUCCCAGGAGGAGCUCUUCUUGAAUACCACUCCGGACCUGCCACAGGACGAGUCGCCUGUUGUUGGGCCAUUGCGUAUUAGCAAGCAAGAUACUCCACCCCCCGCCUCGUCGCAUACUACGCCCCUGCCCUACCCCGAUGAUAGGCAAAGACCUCAACACAUCCGGAGCUCCGGCUCCAGUGGCUCUAGCCCAGUGUCCUACGGAGCUGCGUCCGAUGAUUCCCCCACUCUUCCGAGCAAUAUGUCGGCUGGUUCCGGCCUAUCCAAGCCUGCGGAUUAUCCAGCGUCUUUGCGGCUGCGGGAUGGUCGCGAGCCCAAACAAGCCACACUAGCCGAACGACGGGGCAACAUACCCAAGCCGUUGCCCGAAUCCCCAGCUGGGGACUCCCCAGACAGAGAAGGGUUGUUUGCCCGGAUUCACCAACGGUUGCCGGCGCCCAUAGCUUCUGUGGCUGGUGUUCAGUCCCAGGCGACUGCAUACCCAGAUCCCCGUCAGCAGUAUUAUCCGCCUCCUCAGGCCUCCAACAGGCUACCCACCGCAAAAAAUCUACAGCCACCAAAUGGCGCAAUCAACCGGAUAAGCUCCACAGCAUCGAACUCAACAACCCGUGCUCAGCGGGGCUCCCCUCCGCCCCCUGAAACCCCAGUGGUUGAGCCUGGACAGCACCCGGCGUCCGACAUCGAAGCGCGGUAUGCGGCCUCGGGAAUUGCUGGCACCUCAACCUUAUCCGGUCUGCAGGCUCAGGGUACAGCAGCGCAAAGGAGAGCUGAGCAGUAUGCUGGCCAGCAGCCCAGGAAUCAACAGUCGAUGCCACCUGUUCCCCGGCCAUGGACUCCAACGGAGCAGCCUGGGACCCAACCACAUGGACCACCUACUGUUUACCAAGGUGCCGGAGUCGUGUCCGAAGAUAACCCUCCGGCAAGCCCCCUCAGUCAAUCAACAGCAUCUCCAUCGCAGGCACACCCAGUUCAGCAACAGACUAGAAUACCACCCAAUGCGCUUGAGCAGGAUCUGGAAAGAAUGCGCAUAAGCUCAUCACCCCCGCCUGCCUACUCAAGUGUAUCGGGGCCUGCGACGUCCCAGAAUCAUUCGAAUGAGAAGCAGCGUAUUCCGGUAUUCACUAGUCAGCCCACCCCGCCUGUUGGACAUCCUGCAAGUUCUAGCCCUAUGAAUGGUUCUGCAGCAGCCGCUGCGCCGUUAACAUCUGUUCACGACCACCCAGCGUUUGCAAAUGAUCCAAGGCAGCUACAACAACAGCAGUCACGGCAGCAAUCUCCACAGCAGCAGCAGCAACAGGUGCAACAGGUGGAACAAGUGCAAGUGCAGCAGCAACAGCGGCAGCAAUCACCGCAGCAACAACUGCAGCAGCAGCAGCAGCAGCAGCAGCAGCAACAACAACAACUGCAGCAGCAGCAGCAGCAACAACAACAACAACUGCAGCAGCAGCAACAACAACAACAACAACAACAACAACAGCAGCAGCAGCAGCAGCAGCCGGGACAGUAUCCUCACAAUGGCAUUCAAACCCCUGUGCAGAGCGGAAACCAGCCGAUCCUUCAACAUGCUAUAGCCAGCGCGCUACCAACCCCAGGGCUUCCGCCCGCCUCUCCUCCGCCUCUCCCUGAAGGCUGGAUUGCUCAUCUCGACCCAAAUUCAGGCCAGUACUACUAUAUUCAUCUACCAACGCAGUCUACCCAGUGGGAGUUCCCUAAAGGGCCAACACCUUUGAACCUCAAUGAAACUCCGCUGUCUCCAGUAGGCAGCGUGUAUAGCAGUCAUCCUCUAGCAUCUCCAGUCUUAUCGGCCUUUGUUAAGCCUCUGACAUCUCCUGGGAUUCCUUUGACGCCGGGGUAUGAGAGCCUGCAAUCGCCCAUCGUAACGGGAUUUACCGGCCCUCCACCGAGCAGUGGGAUUGAUUUGUACAAGGUUGCACCAACGAAUGGUGUCUACUUUGGCCCGUAUCUCCGCUACAACAAUAUGGACGUGGAGCGUGGAAUUUGGCUAGGCUCCAUUCUCUUGGUGACCGACGCUGCACAACCUCCCUCAAUACAUAUCCACCAGAGUGUCGAUCUAUCUCCCAACCCGCGACAACUGAAAGCAAUGCCUAUCUCCGUCCAUCAGCGAUGGACGUUUUAUAAGUAUGAAGUGGAUUUACCGAUGGAUGAAGGCGGUCCUGCAAAGUGGACUUACGCGAUCACAUCCCAUCUUGGUUGCACACGCUAUGAGUUUUUGGUUGCUGGACGUUACGAAACAGGUUGGCGUUUUAUCACCACCUCUGGGAACGACUUUUCUUUGAAUGUAAAUGCGAAUGAACGAUCUCGACUGGGGGGCGUAGGGUUCAUGUGGAAAGACAUUAUGCAGAAACAUAAUGAGAUUGGAGGGUUCCAUGCACAGUUGUGCCUGGGAGGCCAGAUUUACGCCGAUCGAAUGUGGAAGGAGAUACCAUGCCUCAAGCAAUGGCUUACAAUAAGUGGAAAGGAGGCAAGGAAAAAAACCCCCUGGACCACGGCCCACGAGGAAGACGUCUCGCAUGCGUACUUUCACUACUACACAAGCCAUUUUGAUCAACCACAUUUGAGAGAAUCAUUCGCCCAGAUUCCCUAUGUUUGCCAGAUUGAUGAUCACGAUAUAUUUGAUGGAUUCGGCUCCUAUCCCGAGCAUAUGCAAUUCUCGAAUAUGUUCAAGAACGUGGGCCGAGUAGGAACAGAGAUGUACUUGCUGUUUCAGCAUCACACCACACUUGACUUACUCCGCAGUGUCAGGAACGACACCGAUUUAUUUACCAUAACUGGCACGGGCUGGCACUUUGUCAAAUACCUUGGGCCAGCUGUGGUUGCUGUCGGUCUCGAUUGUCGCGCGGAGCGCAAUCCGCAUCAAGUGGUGGCUGGGCCAACAUAUCAAGGUAUUUUUCCCAAGGUGGCUAUGCUACCUCCAACCGUGCAGCACUGCUUGUGGAUGCUUUCGGUACCCAUCAUCUACCCACGACUCGAGACUGCAGAGCACAUUGCACAUACGGUUGCUACGGGGAAAAGAGCCGUCACAGGGGCAUAUAAUGUACUGGGAAAAGUUACAAGCUCCGUGGCUGGCGUUGUGGGCGCCAAAGGUAUGGUGGGAUCCGGUUUUGAUUCCGUCAAGCGUGCUGUGGGAAAGACCGGCCUCAUGGGUGGGAUUCUUAGCCCAUUUGGCGAGCUUGACCUGCUGGAUGAGCUCCGAGACCAGUGGACGCACGAGUCCAAGGACCUUGAACGGACCUACCUUAUUCGUACGCUUCAGGGUAUUGCGCACCAAAAGUCUUUGCGGAUGACUUUCCUCUCCGGUGCUGUCAAUGCCUGCGGUGCUGGACUGGUACACGAUCCAUCUUUUCCAUCAAACCACAAGACAAUGUAUCAGCUUAUUUCUUCGCCGGUUGUGAACAACCCCCCGCCUUCAUAUGUCAUCAAACUUCUCCACAGCAGCAACAAGCCUCUCUAUGUCCCUGCUAAUGGCCAUCGCUCGACGCCUUCACAACCAACUGAUACUAAGGAAGAUAUGCUAGAGAUCUUUCAAUCCGACGUCACGGGACAACCUCGUGAGCAUCGGAAGCUCAUGGGCCGUCGUAACUAUGUUGCCAUUGUUGCCUACGACCCGGAAGUUGUUAACACGAUGUAUGGGUACACCUCUACAAAUCAAGGGAGUGGAAAGCUGAAUCUUGCUGUGGACUUCAUGGUACAGGGAGAUGGGACAUUUGGUACGGUUGUAAAGUAUGGGCCCGUGAUUGUUCCCAGCCUGGAGCCGGGGAAGUAAGUGGCAGAUGAUUCGGGCCGAGGCUUUGGCAGAUUUGGAGUUCUGAUGUGAUACAUUUCACCGAUCCCUUCCCCCACCUAUCACGCCUUUUGGCAUUCUUCUUCGUGUUCUCUCUCUCUCUUUUACGAGUAUACGGACUUGCUUCAUUCGUUCAAUCUAUCUCAUACUUAGCGCAUCAACAUAUCCAAU